AGUGACAAAAGAAUUAUAGGUUAUAUUUAUAUUUGAAUAUUCUGAAUAUAAAAAAUUAUGAAUUUAUGUUUUAACCAUGUCUACUGAAUUUAAUGAAUUAUGUAGAGUUUGUUUAAACAAGAAAGAUGGUAUGAAGUAUUUACUGAAACUAACCCAUGACAUUUCAGAAGUACUUUCCAUGUUAUCCUCCAUCAUAAGUUUUGAGGUCAAUAUGUUAGAUGGUUUCCCGAGUUAUAUCUGUGUUAACUGUGAAGAAAAAUUACGAAUUUCCUAUGACUUCCAACAAACAGCUAUUAAAUCACAACAAAUUAUAAAAGAAUAUGUUGACAACAAAUUGCUAUCUGUAGAAUUUCCUAUAAACAACGAAGUCAAGGAAGAAAAUUGUGCACCAGAAGUAAUUGAAGACAUAUCUAUCAUUUUCGAAAAUGAUAGCAGCAGUUCAAGUGAGGAUGAUAGCCAAGAGACGUUAAAAAAAGAAGAAAAGAAAGCAAAGCUAAGUCAGCAUGAUCCUGAGGAAAUUAUGAGUAUUGUAAAUGAGACAAGGCUGAAAUUUUAUGAAGCUAAGGAGUGCUUAUUGUGCUCAUUUACAGGCAUUAAUAAUAGGACAUUAUCUCUUCAUAUGACUAAAAAUCAUGGGGAUAUUAAAGAAAAGUGGUGCAGAAAGUGCAAUAAAAUUGAAGAAAAUCUUUCAGAACAUAUAAAAACAGUGCACAGGGAUGAAUUAAAGUGCUCAUUUUGUGGUAAAAAAUGCAGAUCUUCAACCCAUUUGGUAGAACAUUUGCUUUGUCAUUCAGCAAAUCCCCAAUUUACUUGUCUAACUUGUCAGAAGAAUUUUAUAUCAGAAAGACAACUGAAAUCUCACACCAAAAUUCAUAAAGUUACUUGUGAAGUAUGCUCAAAAACUUUUGAAGAUAAACACAGUAUAUUAGCACAUACCAAGCUACACAACAUGCUUAGAUGUACAAUUUGUAAUGAUACAUUUGGCCAGAAAGAGUAUGAUAAACAUAAUUGCUCUAUGAAAGAACUGAAAAAUGAAAAACAAAGUGAUAUAUUAUUGGAUAGAUUUUGUCUGCAGUGCAAUGAAUCUGUUGAAGAUAUCAAUAAUCACAUUAAGACUCACCAUAAUGUUGAGGACAGUGUCAAGGGUCUGUGCACGUUUUGUGGAAAACAAUUCAAGAAUCAGUCGUAUCUAAGUGUGCACCUUCGUAGGCAUACAAAAGAAACUCCUUACAAAUGCAACUUUUGUAACGUUGCAACUGUCACUAAGGCUCAUCUUCAGGAACACGAACGCACACAUACAGGAGAAAAGCCUUACACAUGUAACUUCUGUGGAAAGGCUUUUAUUCAACGUAGUGUUUUGUCCACUCAUUUAAAAAUACACACAGGACGAACAGAACAAUGCCAACUUUGCCCUAAGAAGUUCUGUAGACCUUCUGAGUUAAGAAAUCACAUGCGAAAGCAUACAGGGGAAAAACCAUAUGCGUGUACCUACUGUCACCGACCAUUCAUACAGAAAAGUCACUUAACGGAACAUUUGAAAACGCAUACCGACGAUAGACCAUUUAAAUGCCAUAUUUGUGACAAAGCGUUUAAACAAUCAGGGACAUUGAAGAGCCAUAUUAAUAUCCACGAAGGUAAAAAUAUAUACAAAUGUGACAUGUGUCCAUACACGUGCAGAAAAAACUAUACAUUAACAUUGCACAUGCGUCAACACCAAGCCAACAAUUCAGACCCAGUUAAAUGUGAUGGGUGUGAAGAGGUUUUUCCUAAUGAAGAGACUCUAACUGAACAUCGACAUGGUUGUACCAUGGUCUGUGAUGAUGAUAAAGCUACGUUAUAUGAUGAAUAUUUAAAUGUUUAAAGUAUUUCAUAGAAGAAUUUUCUUCGAAGAAUUUCAUCACCGGAAGCUACAGACGCAGGCACGGAAAUAAACUAAUUGAUGGCAACGGACAGAUAGCGGCAGACAACAAAACAAAAAUACAAACAGGGAAAUAAUAUAUAGAGAUGGAUUCUUUAAAGAUGAAAUUUCAGUGUAACAAUAUCAGAAGAACCAGGCAGCGGAACAAUGAUAAUACAUGAAGAGGUACUAUGAGUAUAUGCCCCCAAGAAUAUCAAAAAUGAAAAGGCCCUUGGUCCGGAUAGUAUUGCAGCGGUUUUUACUGUAAUAACUUAUAAUUACAAAGAAACCAGCGGUUCGUAUUUAUAUACGAUUUUAUUUAUAUAACUGUACAGACGAAUUUAUUUUACAGACUGACUACUCUUAAAAAUUUACAUCUUUAUAUAUUGAAUACAAAAAAUAACAACCAUGUACUUGAACGUUCCAGAAAAACGGAACCGCCCAUCACUACUUAAUCCGUGGCCUUGACCGUCGAUCAUUCAGGAGAAAUCGUUUCCUCACUUGUACGGUGAGUAAUUUUUCCAGAUGUCUCCAUACAUGAGUCGCUGUCGAGACGGAACCUGUUAUUUGCAGUCGUUAAUUCGUCACAGUAUGGUACCAUAUUAUAUUUUGGACGUCACUCAUGAAAGAUGUUCAUUCGGGGAAGCAGUAAGAUUUGGUUUCAAAUUAUGGUGUCUUUGUUCACAUACAGGUUAUUUAUAUAAAUUCAUACCAUAUGGAGUAAAACAGAAUAAUAAUUUGGAUUCAGGUAAUAGUUUGGAAACGAAGGCUAGGUUUAGAGUUACUUUAUGUAGUUGCCCAAGAGCAUCGAGUAUUUUUCGAAAUUUUUUUUUUCAUUUAUGCUCUUUUGCGACACUGCAGGAUCUAGGCUUCUUUGCCACAGGUACUAUAAGAGAAAACCGUACUGCAAAGUGUCCUUUACAGAAUAGCAAAACCACAGUAUUAAAAACAAAGAGUAGUGACACUCUGGUAGGCCCCUUUGAAAAUUUUGAAGUCUCGUUUUGUAGAGGUAGCCAUCUUGUUAUCUGUUAUCUAAGGCGAAAAGUUUUGACCGGACCUGGUUCAAUGAAAAAAGUCUUUCUGGUAAUCACAAUUGCUAAAAGCCCUAUUGUAGGGCUCAGGUUUAUAAAUAUUAGACAAAUUAAAUAGGUCAAGGUCAAAUAAAUUAUCAAAUCUUAAGGUAUUUCAGUAGUUCCAAUAGCUUCAAGAGGGCAACAUAUUAAAACGAAUGUACAAGCUUAAACCAGCAGCAAUUGUGCUACGAUGCACCUGAGUUGCUAGUUUAACCUUCAAACUACUUAACACAUUCGCGGGCAAGACGGCAUAAUAUCCCGUCAAGCACAUAAUGACAAGAUGUGCGUUUUACAUACGUUUUUUAAAAUGUGUGCGGUUCUAGGAACACUUUGUUGUACCAUACUCUCUGCGAACUUGUUAAGAUUGAAAGUGUGCAGCAGCGCAGUGAGUUCUGCGAUUUUUUGCCACAAUCUGCCUGCGCCGAAAAAAUGCGUGACUUCAUGAAGGUCGCAGAGUGUCAUUAUUGUUUAUACUGGGGCAAAACAUUCAAAAAUAUGGCACGGGGAACACUCGAGUCUGCAUUUGAUAUAUUGUGCCUACAGUUUUGCUCGUGAGAUGGAAUGAUAAUGCUGCUGUUACGGUAAUAACAAAUACCUGCACAUCAAACAGAACGAUAUAUUGCGGCAGAUUCGUGCAAAUAUUAUAAGAAUUGUGCAUUUAUGAUAGAAGCAUAUACUUUGGACCACAUAUACUACACAUAUAAAGGUUCAAAAUUAGAUACGAGGCCAUCUCAGAUUUUACCUUUUACAAAAAUGGCGGGCAUUCAAAAUGGCGACGAUAAAUAUGUGACUAAUAGCACGAUAACUUUUAAAUGAAAAGUCCGACUUUAAUCAAAUUUGGUAUACGGGUUCUUUUUUUGAUGUAUAAGACCGAGCUCUUGAACCGGAAGAAUCGGUUUACCAGAAGUUGUGUUUUUCCUGUUUUUUUGUGUAAAAAUAUGUUGUUUUUUUUUCAAUUCUUUCACCCUGUAUAUAUUAAUUUUUCAAAAAAAUAAUACCGGCAUUGAAAAGAGCGUAAAAAUAUUUUUUAUGAAAUAUUUUGAACUUUUUAGUUAUGUUAAUUACCAUGUAAUAAAUGCAUAACUUAUCUUCACAUGUACCUAUGUGCGGCAGAUUCGUGCAAAUAUUAUAAGAAUUAUUGUGCAGUUAAUGGUAGAAGCAUAUAAUUUGGACCACAUAUACUACACAUACAAAGGUUCAAAUUUAGCUAUGAGGCCAUCUCAGAUUUUGCCUUUUACAAAAAAGGCGGGCAUUCAAAAUGGCGACUAUACAUAUGUGACUAAUAGCACGAUAACUUUUGAACGAAAAGUCCGAUUUCAACCAAAUUUGGUAUAUAGGUUCUUUUUUGAUGUAUAAGAUCGAGCUCCUAAACCGGAAGAAUCCGUUUACCAGAUGUUGUUUUUCCUGAUUUUUUUGUAAAAUAUGUUAUUUAUUUUUUUAAUUCUGUAUAUAUAUUAAUACACAAUUAAUAUUAACACGCUGUAUACAUUAAUUUUUCAAAAAGGUAAUACCGGCGUUGAUAACAGCGUAAAAAUAUUUUUUAGGAAAUAUUUUGAACUCUUUAGUUAUAUUAAUUACCAUUUGAUAAAUGCAUAACGUAUCUUCAGCUGUAGGUACCUAUGUGCGGUAGAUUCGUGCAAAUAAUAAUAUAAGAAAUAUUGUGUAUUUAAUGUUAGAAGCAUAUAAUUUAGACCACACAUACUACGCAUACAAAGAUUCAAAUUUAGAUAUGAGGCCAUCUCAGAUUUUGUCUUUUACAAAAAUGGCGGGCAUUCAAAAUGAAUCUGCCGCCCAUAGGUACAUGUGAACAUACGUUAUGCAUUUAUUAAAUGGCAAUUAACAUAACUAAAAAGUUCAAAGUAUUUCCUAAAAAAUAUGUUUACUCUUUUCAAUGGCGGUAUUACCUUUUUGAAAAAUUUAUAUAUACAGGGUGAAAGAAUUGAAAAAGAAACAACAUAUUUUUACAUAAAAAACAGUAAAAACACAACUUCUGGUAAACCGAUUCUUCCGGUUCAAGACCUCGAUCUUAUUCAUCAAAAAAGAACCUAUAUACCAAAUUUGGUUGAAAUCUGAUGUCUCGUUCAAAAGUUAUCGUGCUAUUAGUCACAUAUGUAUAGUCGCCAUUUUGAAUUCCUGCCACUUUUGUAAAAGGAACAAAAACUGAGAUGGCCUCAUAUCUAAAUUUGAACCUUUAUAUGUGUUGGAAUACUUCCAACAGAUAUUUUCUUUUUCUGUUACAUUACUCGUUAUUCGUUAUAAAUUAUCGCCACGUUGUUAAAACACGUAACUUUACACGUUACUAUAUUAAAAUUAUUGAAAAAACAAUCUGACAAUUCUAAAAAUUUAACUUCACGAAAAACAUCAAAAAAUUACUCUCUCGAUAAAUUAUAAUUUUAGCGCUUGUUCAAGACCACAAAAGAAAUAUAAAUAUUGGUGUACUAUUUCAAUACAUAUUUUCCAACUACCAGCACCACGAAAUCGAAGGAAAAAAUUUGUACGUAUUUGAAAAUUAUAAUACAAAUUUAAAUAAGACUGUCGUUACUAACUAUCUACAUCCCCAUAGUAAGGAAGACGGUAGCAAAUACCCCAUUCUUUUACAUUGGCCCUAUAUCGAACCGGAUCAAAAAUAGUUGGAAUAAUAUUGGAAAUAGGUACACAAAUCACGAAGAAACCUUACGUUUUAUUGCUGAGUGCCCAGACCAGGCUAAAUUCCCGAAAAAGAAGUAAAUCCCGAUUCCCGAAAAUGAAGUAAAUAAUAAUCCCGAUUCCCGAAAAAGAAGUAAAUAAUCAUCCCGACUCCCGAAAAAGAAAUAAUAAUCCCGCUUCCCGAAGAAGAAGAAGUACAUAAUAAUCUCGAUUCUCGAAAAAGAAAUAAUAAUCCUUUUUACCCGAGAAGCUCCAGAAUAUUUACAAGUAAUAUAUUUCAAGUAAUACUCGAUGAAUAGAUGUAAUUUAUUGACAUAAAAGUGAAAAAUCUCAAAUCUCAAGAGUGUCAAAAGUGACAUUUCUCCAUAUUCACAUUACCAGCUGUAGAGGUGGGAUUUAAAUUAUUUUUAAUUUUUAGGUAACUGUUAGUUUUGAAAAAUAUUUUGUAUUUUUGUAAUAGUUUACGCUUUUAAUGUAAUUUGAAUCUACAACUAUGGAAGAUGAAAAGAAAUCUCGCCAACACAUCAAGCCAAAUAUAUCGCGAAUAGUAAAUUGGGUAGAAAACAAUUUAAAUAACCAAAAUGAUGAAUAUUUAUUAAGAAUUAAAGAAAAUAACUUGAUUCAUAACUUUGAGCAAUAUGGUCUGACGCAAGACCAUAUUGAAGAUUUAGAUGUACAAAAACUUGAUGUAGAGGACAGAGAUAAGUUGGAAGAUCUGUAUUGUCAAACUUUGGCCAAAAUAAGGCGUAAAUUAGCAAAUAUUUCACAUCCUUCAGGUCAUGCUGAUAGUUCUUUUAAUAUUAAUAGUCAAACAAAUAAAAAUUCACGUUCAGCUAUUAAGCUCCCUCAAAUAUCAAUCUCUAUUUUCCAAGGUGAAUUGCAAAAAUGGGUCCCUUUCUACCAAUUAUAUACGUCUCUAAUCAAAGAAGACCAAGGUCUCACUAAUGUUCAAAAAUUUAUUUAUCUUAAAUCAUUUUUAAAAGGAGAACCUUUAACUUUAAUAGAUUCACUUAAUGUUACGAAUGAAAAUUUCUUAGUAGCUAUUGAAAUUCUUGAAAAAAGAUACGAUAAUAAUUUAGCUAUAAUUAACUCUCACAUUAAUUUAAUUAUUGAUACACCACCACUUGUUAAAAGCAAUUCAAACAAUUUAAGAGAAUUUCUAAACGAAAUAAGAAAUAACGUAGAAUCCUUAAAAAAUUUGAAAUGUCCAGUAGAUAACUGGGACAUACUAUUAGUUAACAUUCUUGUAAGAAAAUUGGACUUUGGUACAAAAAGGGAAUAUCAAACCAAUAGAGAUAGAUCUCAAUUGCCUACUUUAGCUGAAUUUUAUAAAAUUUUGGAAGCUAGGUAUAAUGCUUUAGAAGAUCUUAAUUCUACUGAAACUAAACAAUCUACUAAACCACAAUUCAAAACAUCAUUACACUCACAUUUCUCAAAUUCUUACAACUCUCAAAUUCAAAACCCUCAGAUAUCACGUGAUUUAAAAUGCUUGUUUUGUAAUAUUGCUGGUCAUAAAAUUUAUUCCUGUCAAAAAUUCUCUAAUUUGAUUCACACUGAUAAAAAUAAUUUUAUUCGUACUCAUUCACUCUGCUGCAAUUGUUUAGGUAGCAAACAUACACUAAAAGAUUGUACAUCUCAAGGAUGCUUUAUUUGUUCUAAGAGGCACCACACAAGUCUCCAUAUCGAUAAUUAUCACAACUCUCACUCGCGAUCAAAUCAAAAUCAAAACUCUCCAUUUCAGACAAAUCGUAUGAACUCUCACAACUCCCAUAAUUGGCGACCUCGUAGGAGUCACCAUUGCAAAUUGAUCAAUCACAGCAAUCAAGUCUUUCUACUCCACUCACUAACGCCAACGAACCAUCUGAAAAUGUUUCACCAGAUGAAAAUUCCGCAGUUCUCUCAGCGUGCUCUUCUAGAAACACUCAUGUCUUGUUAGCAACGGCAAAUGUAAUAAUAUAUACAAAAAACGGAACUUAUGUUGAAGCAAAGGCUGUUCUUGAUUCAGGAAGUCCAAACUCAUUUGCCUCAAAAAAUCUUAUUUCUAAAAUUAAAUGCCCUACCUUUAAAAGAAGUCUACAUAUCUCUGGCAUUUCUCAAAAUUCUAUAUUGUCCACAGAAAUGGUAGAUAUUGUUAUACACUCUCGGUCUAACGACUUCUCAAUUCCUAUAACAUGUGCUGUUCUUCAAAAUAUUUCUUGUAAAUUACCUCAGGUGCCAAUAGAUGUUAACUCUAAAAUUACCUGCAAAUAUAACUCUUGCUGAUAGUAGAUUUUUCGAACCAUCCGAAAUUGAUAUUCUGCUUGGUGCGGAUGUAUACUAUGAGUUAAUAAAAGAAGGUAUUUACAAAUUAGGUAAUAAUCUCCCUGUUCUUCACGACACUCACUUAGGAUGGAUUGUUGCAGGUAACAUUGUUCAAGAAAGGAACAAACAUAAAAAAUGCAUCAUUUUUCGUACAAACAUCUGAACCCAUUAUAGAUGAUAACUAUAACUAUUUAGAUAAACUUCUAGUAAAAUUUUGGGAUAUGGAAGAAAUCUCAACAAAAACUCCUCUCUCUCCUGAAGACGAAUUAGCUGAACAAAUCUUUACAUCUUCUUGUCAAAUCUUAGAAAAUGGAAGAUUUCAAAUAGAUAUACCCCUAAAGACUCCCACAGAGUUUAAAAACUUGGCGACUCAUUUCACACUGCGAAAAGGCGAUUUUUAUCUCUUGAGAAACGUCUACAUUCAAACCCAACUCUUUUAAAAAAUUAUAAAGCUUUCAUAGAUGAAUAUGUACAACUGGGACAUGGUAAAUAUAUACCCCUUUCAUCAGAAACAAUUGCUACCCCCAAAUACUUUCUGCCACACCACUGUGUUUUAAAAGACAACAGUGUCUCAACUAAACUUCGAGUAGUUUUUGAUGCUUCUAGUAAAACUACUACUGGUUACUCCCACAAUGACAUAACCCUUACAGGCUAUAAGGUACAGCCUCAACUGUUCGACAUUCUAAUUAGAUUUCGACAGCAUAAAUAUGUGUUCACUGCAGAUAUACAGAAAAUGUAUCGGCAGAUUAUGAUAAACCCCCAGCAAACCUUUUUGCAAAAUAUUCUCUGGCGUGAUUCUCCCGACAAGCCUCUUAGUUGCAUAGAACUGCUCACAGUUACUUAUGGCACUAAUUGGGCCCCUUAUGAAGCUACUCGUACCCUAAAUGAAAUUGCUAUCAGAGGUAGAAAAAAUUACCCUAAAGCUACAAACAUAAUACUAAAUCACACCUAUAUGGAUGACAUAUUGUAUGGUGCUAAUUCCUUUGAAGACUUGGAAUCAUAUGAACAAUUCACUGAGUUACUCGGUAACGCUGGGUUACAGUUACACAAAUGGCAUUCUAAUUCUUCUAAAUUUCUAAAAAUAUGUGACGAAUCUCAAUCCAAACAACCUUGCAACAUUUCUCUAACUGAUUCCACAAAUAAGGUUUUAGGUUUAUCUUGGAAUCAAGCCUCUGACAUUUUGUCUGUCUCGUUUCCUGAAACGCAUUCCGAAACUGCACUCACAAAACGAAAGGCUCUUUCAGUCCUUGCAAGUAUGUACGAUCCUCUUGGUAUAAUUAGCCCAUUGAUUGUAAUAGGGAAACUAUUAAUGCAACAAUUAUGGUUGUUAAAGGUUAAUUGGGACGAACCAUUAAACGAUUCGUUUACUCACGAUUGGAAUAAGUUUAUUAAAUGUUUUCCCAAGUUAAAGUUAUUAAAAAUCCCUAGAUACAUGUUUCUUAACAAAUCUGUUAAUUAUGUUCAAAUACAUGGUUUCGCUGACAGUAGCAUUAAAGCAUAUGCUGCCUGUGUUUAUUUAAGAACCGUUUAUAACGACAACUCUGUUUUUUCUGUUUUACUCACAUCUAAAUCUCGAGUAACCCCAAUUAAAACUGUAUCACUACCUCGUCUUGAACUCUGCGCAAUGGUCCUUCUUGCUCAAUUAACAAAUACACUUUGCGCAAUUUUUGAAAACCAGCUCUCGUUUGAGUCUAUAAACUUAUGGUCUGAUUCAGAAAUUGCUCUGUGCUGGAUUAGAUCUCACCCUUCUCGUUGGACUUCAUUUGUUUCUAAUAGAGUUUCUAAAAUUCAGAUGCUGUCAAAAAACUCCCAUUGGAGAUAUGUCAAAUCUUCAGACAAUCCAGCUGACAUUCCUUCCCGGGGAAUGUUAGCAGAACAACUCAUAAACUCCAAAUUAUGGUGGCACGGCCCGCCGUUUCUCUUAGAUUCCACUCUGAAUUUAUUAAAACAUAAUCAUGAUCCCGAACCCUCUCAAAUUUCAGAAGAAAGAAAAACAACCCUUGUGUGUAUUCAUACACGGGAAACAACACAAAACAUAUUCUGGCAAGAAGUUUUUGAAAAAUUUUCGAAAUUUUCAAGAUUACUUCAUUCUUUUAUAUACAUUCAAAGAUUUAUCGAAAAUACUAGAAAAUCAUCAAUAAAAUUAUCUUUUUUUUUUUUUUUUUUUUUUAUUUAACGUCCUAAUUUAUUUACAAUCUGUAAAACAAGUUACAAUAAGUAAAUGUUGUGACCACUAGUGUAGGUGACUUGGAGAAAAUGAUUCAAUAAUCAUUUUCUUUACAAAUAUUUUACAUAGAUAUAAAAUUGUUUGUCUCUGGGAAUUACGGCACAUAUAACUAAAAUCGCGAUGGUAAAUCACUAGGUGUAUUUCGUCUAAGUCUCCGUCUGACUGGUUGGCUCAUCAGGUUUCUGGCUAGUACAUUUGGAUGUUGUGCCAGUCUGUCUUCGUAUUUCUGUGCAAAGUUGGUAAUUUCUUCUUUUACUGUUGAAAUUUCUAGAUCGCGUCUAAUAAUAAUAUUUGCAACAUACCAUGGGGCAUUUGUGAUUAUUCGAAGAACCUUCGACUGGAACCUCUCCAAGAUUUCGAUAUUGGAGUUUGAUGCAGUACCCCAAAGUUGGAUCCCGUAAGUCCAUAUUGGCUUCAAAAUUGCUUUGUAGACAAGUACUUUAUUUUUCAUCGAAAGUGAUGAUUUGUGACCAAUCAGCCAGUAAAGAUUGUGUAAUUUGAGACCAAGUUGUUUACGCUUCAUAAAAAUGUGUGUUCUCCAGUUUAAUCUUUGGUCUAGAUGCAUUCCAAGGUAUUUGACUGUUGAAUAAAAUUAUCUGGUCCCCUUUUGGUUACGGAAUUAGAUAAAGCUCUUGUUUCUAUAAUAAAAAUUAUUCAAAUGCAAUCUUUUGCACAAGAAAUUGCUGAAUUAAAGUCUAGUAAACCCCUCUCAAACAAACAUAUUUUGUCACUAAGUCCAUUUCUUAAUUCAGUAGGGGAAUUAUGUGUAGGUGGUAGAUUAAAAAAUGCCGAUAUUCCCAUUUAUCAAAAAAAUCCUCGUUUAUUACCUUCCAAGCAUCAUGUAGUUAGACUUCUGAUAAAACACGAACAUAAUCGACUUGGACAUGCAGGAGCCCAAACUGUUUUGUCUAAUAUCCGAUUAAAAUUCUGGCCGCUAGAUGGUCUCCGAGAAACUAAAAGGAUAAUUCGAAGCUGUAUUCUUUGUCAUAGGUUAAAGGCACAAACCGCUCAACAAGUAAUGGCAGAUUUUCCCAGAGUAAGAAUCUCACCUUGUAGACCUUUUGAGAAUGUUGGCGUGGACUUUGCAGGUCCUAUUCCAAUUAAAACUUCAAACUUCAAAUGGCCCUUGUAUUCGUUCGAUUACAAAGAUUUGCCCUUUGCCCCCUAUUGUUUAACUUAUUUACUGCCUUUGUUCUUAGAAUAAUAGUUCACUUUGUUUAUUGUUUUUACUCAUCUCUUGAUUUUGUUAGAAUAAUAGUUCACCUUUGUUUAUUGUUUCUACUCAUCUCUUGAUUUUAUUUUAAUUCUUCUUUUCGCGGCGGGGAAAAUGUUGGAAUACUUCCAACAGAUAUUUUCUUUUUCUGUUACAAAACUCGUUAUUCGUUAUAAAUUAUCGCCACGUUGUUAAAACACGUAACUUUACACGUUACUAUGUUAAAAUUAUUGAAAAAACAAUCUGACAAUUCUAAAAAUUUAACUUCACGAAAAACAUCAAAAAAUUACUCUCUCGAUAAAUUAUAAUUUUAGCGCUUGUUCAAGACCAAAAAAGAAAUAUAAAUAUUGGUGUACUAUUUCAAUACAUAUUCUCCAACUACCAGCACCACGAAAUCGAAGGAAAAAAUUUGUACGUAUUUGAAAAUUAUAAUAAAAAUUUAAAUAAGACUCUCGUUACUAACUAUCUACAUCCCCAUAGUAAGGAAGACGGUAGCAAAUACCCCAUUCUUUUACAAUAUGUGUAGUAUAUGUGGUUAAAAUUAUAUGCUUCUACCGUUAAAUGCACAAUAAUUCUUAUAAUAUUUGCACGAAUCUGCCGCGCCGCACAUAGGUACAUGUGAAGAUACGUUAUGCAUUUAUUAAAUGGUAAUUAACAUAACUAAAAAGUUCAAAAUAUUUCCUAAAAAAUAUUUUUACGCUCUUUUCAUUGGCGGUAUUAACUUUUUGAAAAAUUAGUAUAUAGAGGGUGAAAAAAUUGAAAAAAAAUAACAACAUAUUUUUACAUAAAAACCAGGAAAAACACAAUUUCUGGUAAACCGAUUCUUCCGCUUCAAGACCUCGAUCUUAUUCAUCAAAAAAAGAACCUAUAUACCAAAUUUGGUUGAAAUCUGACGUCUCGUUCAAAAGUUAUCGUGCUAUUAGUCACAUAUAUGUAUAGUCGCCAUUUUGAAUGCCCGUCAUUUUUGUAAAAGGCAAAAUCUGAGAUGGUCUUAUAUCUAAAUUUGAAUCUUUAUAUGUGUAGUAUAUGUGGUCCAAAUUAUAUACUUCUAUCAUUAAACGCAUAAUUGUUUCACAUAUCUGCUGCACUAAUACUGUCGGAAAGAACACGAAUAUAUUCUCGUAUUUCAGCCUAAUGUAGUAGCCGAAUACAAUCUAUAUAUGGGUGGUAUGGAUUUGCACGAUAAUGGCAUUGCUAAUUAUCGAAUAAGAAUAAGGGUGAAGAAAUUAUAAUGACCUCUAUUUAUAAAUCUUAUUGAUCCGUAAAUGGCUGGAAGAUUUACAAUAUAGCAAAUUAUACUAAAAUCGAUCACUUUUGGCAGAUUCACUUAUGAAAUUUGAACGUUGUGAUGAAACUGUCAACAAGAAGUGGCUAGUCAUUGAUGUUACGGACGUCCCUCCAAAGAUACUUUGCCUGACGAUGCUAGAUUUAAUAACAAUGGUCAUUUGAUUAGAACGCACGAUACAAGUGCACGAAAGAAAUGUAGAUUGUUCAAGUCAUACUAAAUAUUUAUACAAAAAAUGUAAAAUUCAUCUCCCCGAAAAAAUAAUUAUAUUUUAUGCAUUAAUUUUAUGUAGUUUUAUAUAUAAUUUUAAAUAAUGAUAUUUAUGAAAUCUGUGAUACUGUUUGGAUAAAUUGAGUGAUAAGUGUCUGAAAAAUGAGUAUUUCGUGUUUACUUGAUAUAGAAGUUACAUGUUCCUACAGUCAUAAGGAAAAUCUAAAUUUUACAAUUUUAGCAAUUUUAGUGACAAAAUUAAAACCUAAUAAUUGUAUUAAAUGAAAUAAAGUAUAUACAUUUACAGAA